AUGGUCAGAAAAUACCAUGCUAUAAAAAACCUCCGCUGCAUCCCCAAUCGUAAUAAGGGAACGAAGAAAUAUGAACACACAAGAUUCAGAAUCCAUCAAAGACAGAAGCUAGGGCCCCCCCAAAACAAGCCUCAAGGGAAAAAACAGGAAAAACACCAACCAGACAAGUCCCCAUCUCAAACAUGGGCAAAUAUGUCCCAACCCAAACAGAAGUCAAUUGGCAUGAACGGCCGGAGUGUGUAUAUUCAGAGGAUCUGGAUGAGAAAGGGCCCCCAGAGCGGGGACCAAACAAUUGCUAGGGAGGAAAAAGAGGCCCCCGACGAGGUCCUAAUAAAGCAUAGAGAAGGAAGGAGAAGAAUCAAGAAUGACACAGGAGGGCGAGGAAAGAUGUAUCAGAAAGCGACAAGAGAAAAAGAAAUCACAAUAACCAGAGGUAUCAUCAUAUUUAUAGAUGAGAAAAAGGAAAAAGCACGAAGAAGUACACGUAUAAAGUCGGAGAAAAAGAAGUCCACCCCCCGUCAGGUGACCAAACGGAAGAGGAAGCUACAAGAAAAGUUAUCGGGCACCUCGGAGGAAAAACAAACACGGCGCUCCUCUCAGAUAGAACCAUACGGCAACCAGAAAUCAACAGGCAGCCAAGUCAGAAGCAUUGUGAUGAAUAUCAAGAUACCUUCACACAUACAAGCGCAGAGCAAAUUGAAAGGAUGUCUGAUGAAAACGGAACCUAAGAAAGUGAAUGGAGUAUUUAAAGCCUAUGCCGAAUUCGACCGCCGCCUGAUGAAGUCAAAAUGGCUGGACAAAAUAUCUAUCACUCCUAAACCUGAAAAUUAG